AUCUUCAAUUAUACUAGAUGUAUGGCGAAGCUGUGGAUGUGGGAGUCUUAAGUAUAAGACUAUUAAAGGAUUAUAAUCCCGCGGAAUUACAGUCAUGACGAACGAUACCAACUCAAUUAUACAUGACCAAAGCCCGAGCAAGAGAUGUAAUUCGACAAAAUUUAUCUCUUACUAAAAUCUGACCAAUAAUAUUUAUAAGAUAAUUAUAUUUAAACUCCGUCAUCGGUGCUGUAAAUCAUAUAUUAAGGAAAUGGGAACCCAUCCGUCAAUGUGAUAUCAGACGUAGCGCAGCAGAGUGUAUACCUACCUACCUAGUUUUAGGAGCCAUUCAAGACUACCUAGAGAUCAUGUCUUCCACACCAGCAGCAACAGCAGAUGAUAUUGCCAAACAUGGCUGGAGUGCCUUUCCAGUCGACGGCAAUGCUAUCCUCAAUGGGAAACCCUAUCUACACAAACCUUCUCCCCUAACAGUGAAAGAUAUCCCGUUUCCCUCGGACGAUGCUGUCGUCGCCGGGAUUCAAGAAUACGCCAAGAAGCAUCUUAUCGAAGAAACGUACAAUCAUUCAAUGCGGGUUUACCACUGGGGAUAUUCCAUCCUCAAGGACCAAUUUCCCGAAGAAUUUGGCAAGCUCUCCUUGUCCACGUGGGCGCUGACGUGCCUCCUCCACGACAUAGGCACUACGCACAAGAACUUGCGAGCAACACUGUUGUCAUUUGAAUUUUAUGGAGGAAUACUAGCCCUAAACCUAACCAAGGAACUCGGUGCACCACCAGCCCAGGCCGAGGCCGUAGCCGAGGCAAUCAUCCGGCACCAGGACCUAGGUACCGUCGGUAAGAUCACGUUCCUGGGACAGCUCAUCCAGCUCGCGACUAUCUACGACAAUAUGGGCAUCAACCCGCAGAUCAUCGACACGGUCACCAGGGACGAUGUCAAUAGGGCGUAUCCGCGAAAGGGCUGGAGCGGCUGCUUCUCGAAGACGAUUAGAGAGGAGAAUGGGCUUAAGCCUUGGGCGCAUACUACGCACCUUGGCGAGGAGGAUUUUCCUGAAGGUGUGAAGAAUAAUGAGCUUAUGAAGCCGUAUGAUAACUGGGGUUUGUGAUGGAGUAUGGGGCUGGAGAGAGGUUUCGGGAUGGCAUCAUCUGGAAGAAGGGUGGACGGAUGCUGUGAUGUGGGCGACCAACCAAGACGAUUCUGCCCUAGGUAAAAGCUAUGUAUGUAGGCACGGGCCCAGAAUGACAUAUCCCGUUUAAGUGUUCUUACUCCUGUAAUUUAAUAGUCUUGUAUUUUGUAAAGCGGUUGCUUGCGCCAUUCUCUAUAUAGUUGGCUAAAAAUAUUUUUGAUUAGUGCGAGCUCGCCAUCACAAUCAGCAACCCUCUAAUUGAUAAUUUCUCAGUAUCCAGAUACCUAGGUCCCACCCAUACUAUUGGCAGU